AACCAAUGCUUAUGUUUAUUAUACAUAUAUAAUAAUAAAUAUGCAAAUGUCAUUUUUCGACUGUGUGAAAGAGACGACAAAUACUGCGAUAAAAAAAAAUGUACAGUUUCAGUACGCAUAAAUAUAUAUCUAAAACUUUUACCGUUUAAAGUUAAAAGUCUUACUUUAUCUCUUUCAAUAAGUAAAUAUGAGUUCACCUAGUGAAGAAAUCAAUUUUCUAAUUCACAAAUAUAUGCAAGAGUUAGGAUGUCAACAUUCGGCAUUCGUUUUUCAAGCCGAAUCCAAUAUUUCACAAAGUAAUAUUAAUGGUGCCCUAGUGCCACAAAGGGCAUUGUUGGCAAUUUUACAAAAAGGACUUCAGUAUACAAAGACAGAGCAAAGCAUUGGAGAAGAUGGGAAAAUUGUAGAUGAUAGGAAAGAACUCCGAUUGAUAGAUGCUGCUAUGCCUCAAAAUGGCGGUUCUUUAGCUGGUGAGUCAUUAAGCACAGCAAAUUUAAAUGUUGAAAAAACUGCAAACAAUGAGAAUGAUUUAAGUGUUAGCCGUACAGUUAAAGAACACCCCUUAAUAUUAAAGAAAAAUUAUUCGCGCGAUUAUUAUAAGCAUUCAAAUAAUGGCAAAGAAGUAUCAGCAGGUACCAUAAUAAAAAAUUUAUCCUUAGCAUCUUCAGCGGAUUCAAAAGUUCCUGAUAAAACUGCAAGUGAUGAAGAUAAUUUUGGUGUUAGCCGUACAGUUAAAGAACACCCUUCAAUAUUAAAGAAAAAUUAUUCGCGUGAUUAUUAUAAUCGUUCAAAUAACGGCAAAGAAGUAUCAACAGGUACCAAACCAAUAAAUUUAUACCUAGCAUCUUCUGCAGAUUUAAAUGUUGCUAAUGAAACUGCAAGUACUGAAAAUAGUUUAUGUGUUACGAGUACAGUUAGAGAACGCACUUCGGUAUCAAAGAAAAAUCAAUCGCUUGAUUCUUCUAAGCAUUCAAAUAGUGGCAAAGAAGUGUCAGUAAGUACUAUGGCAAAGAGUUUAUCUUCUUUAAAAAUUGCAAAGAGUGAAGAUGAUUUAAGUAUUAGCCGUACACUUAGAGAUCGUCCGUCAGUUUCAAAGAAAAGUCUUUCACGUGGUUCUUCUAAGCACUCAAAUGCUGGUAAAGAAGUCUCAACAGGUGCAAUGCCAACAAAUUCACCUUCAGCAUCGUCUGCAAACAAUAUUCAGAAUGCAUGUUCCUCAGCACCCGAUGCUGUCGUCAGUAAAUAUUCACUACGGAGCUCAACUCUUAAGCGUUAAUUAUAUGAAUAUCAUUUUAUAAAAUUAAUCUUUUCAUUAGCUGAAUUCGACUAUUUCAUGUGCUAUCUAUUAUAG